GCGAAAAGUAGGCUGGGAAUUUGAUUUUCAGUUGUUUUCGUUUGAUGGCGGCGAUGCGUCGACGGCGCGGUAUUAUCGAUUUUUUUCCUCAUUUAUUAUAAAUUUGUAUGAUUUGAACGAUCGAUUUUUCGUCAGCAAACCGUGUAAACUACCAGCUUUUGUGUUGCUUUUCAUAUUACGGGACCGCGUUGAAUGGUAUUCGGAACUUUUGCGCCCAAUGGAGUAUAUAAUGUGCUGAGUUUGACGUGGCGGUUAUUUUCUGUUCGGGAACUUUUUUGUCCAAAUAUUAGUCGAGUGUUCUGUGACCUCCGAUACGUUGUUUUUUACAUGUGAGGUAGUUGUGCUCCACAAAAUUGCCUAAAUGGGGUGUGGAGUAAAGAUAAAAAAGGGAGAUUCUAAGAAGCAGCUAAACGGGGACGAUGAGUGGCAGUAUGAAGAGAUCGCCCUCGAACGCGGUGGCGCCGGGCUCGGCUUCAGUAUCGCGGGCGGCACUGACAACCCUGCGCAUGCGGCCGGUGUCGGUGACGCAGGCGCAGUGGCCGACCCGGCCGUCUACGUCACCAAGAUCAUACCAGGUGGCGCUGCGGCCGCUGACGGCCGAUUGAAGGUACACGAUUGCAUCGCGGCCGUUAAUGGUACGCCACUGAACGAGGUGACGCAUGCUGAGGCUGUGGAGGCGUUGAAACGGGCAGGAAACACUGUCAAAUUGUUGGAAAGUGCAGACCUCCUAGCCAUCUCUUCAGUUCAGGAAAAAGAUGGAAACCACUCGGAGCUAGGUCGGGACUGUGUAGUGGGUGGGUGGUUGCAGGAAACGAAUAGCACUCCUCAAUUCACACUUAGCGGGAGAAUAAACAUAGCAUGUUUAUGCCAAUGCAGCUCAGCACAAACUGGCUCCUUGAACUCGGCCUUGAGCAAUGAUGUCGUGAAGAGGAUGCGCGAUAGACUGCGCACACUACCGACCUACCACUUGUCUGUCUCGUAUAUCUAA